AUGGAGAACAUCUUCUCUUUUGUAAAUAGAAUAUGGCUAGACUUUGAAUCAGCUUUUUUGGAUACUGACCCCAAUUAUAUCUUUCUGAGUGGAGUGGGGUUUAUUCUUCUAUACCUAUGGUAUUUGAUAUUGAAACAUUCAUUCUUACCAACGCCUUGGAAAAAUCAGGACAUCAAAAAAGGUGAGGAUUGGCAGAGCACAGCUAAGAAGGGAAGCAGGAGAUCAUUUAAAGGUUGUAGAACUACCCAGAGACAAACACAGGAAUGGAGGAAGCUGCUGUCUGUUGUGCAAAGCCCCCUCGGUGAGCUGCAUGAUCUCUCCCACUUCCGACACCUACUAUAUCCAGAUUCUUCCUGUGAUGUGUGUAAUGGAACAACUGUUAAGAUUAGUCACCUGCUUUUUCAGAUCACCCUUGAAGAUGGUGCUGCCUCUGCAUCCAGUAUGGAUUCCACCUCAGUUUCUGAGUCCAAGACCUCGUUGACUCUGUCCCUUCCCCUCCCAGAAAAUCCUUCAGGAAAUCCAAUUUCAGACCCUCCACAUGAACUAUCUCUACAUUCUUCCUCCAUCAUUUCACCUCAACAGAGUGCCCACUUAGAAGACACACUUUCUGCCUCAUCACUGGGUGACUCUGUACCAUCAGAAUCUAUUCCUCCUGUGAGUGCUAAAUUCUCUCUAGACCAUGAUUCUCUCCAUCCAUGUGCCACUUUCCCUCUUCCACAACAACAUGCCAUCCAGGAAACAGAACUGCUUCUCCAACCAACAACUGUUCUAUCUCUGGUGGGCAGCCCUAGGGAGCUGUUUACUAUUCCAACAAACAAGGGCAUUUGCAGUUCAAGGCAUGCAAUGUCAGAAUUUAUUCAGCAGCAGACUGAUACUGGCAGCUCUUUCCAGUUGAAGCCAGAACAUUUGGUUAACCAGGAGUUUCUUGACCUCCAUUCUUCUGAAUCUUACUUAUGGGAAAACAACACAACCAGCCUUAAAUUACCUGGAAAUCUUUCCUUUUCCAACCUUGAUUCCAUGGUACUACUUGAGAGACCAUAUCAAAAGAUGCCUGAUUCAUUUAAAACUUGGGAGAAGAUCCAAGAAUCUGAUCAGCAGAACUUGGCAGUUUCCCAUGCUUUGGGGAGAUGCAAAGUCCCCCCCCCCUCCCGCCAUCUCAAGACCUCUGAAGAUCAGUUAGAGCCUAAACAUACACAGUUUUUCUGGAACAUCCCUUCUCUACACAGUGAGUCCAUGAACUCUGUUGCUCCUGUGUGGGCUGACAGUUCCUUGACCUCUGGAUGCUUCAACAGAUUCUCAGAUUCUGCAGUGCUUACUAACCACAUACCAUUGUCCUUUCCUGAGAGUCAACUACAGAACUUGCCCCAAACUCUGUCCACAUCUCAGUCCUAACCUGUCCCUCUUGCCAAGACCCAGACCCAGCUUCAACACCCAAUUCCAGUGCUGUCACCUUCUCUGCUAUCCCAGCUUAGAAUCUGUGGAGUGUAUUUUCACAGACCCCAGGAUAAAGCACAACCUCUUGAGACAUCUUCAAUCCACUGCCUAGAAUACAACAUCUUGAAAAAGGUGCAGGAAAGAGUGUGGGGCUUAUCCACUGUGGUCAAAAAAUCCCAGGAAGAAUUUUGUCCCCCACCUCCCAAUCCCUCAUUAGUUAAGCAGUCUUCUAAGACCCGUGCUCCCAGGCCCAUCUCUCUUGGAAAUUUCCCCCUCACCAGUGAGCUCCGGAAGAAACUUGAGCACCACCUUCGAAAGAGGCUCAUUCUACAAUGCUGGGGCCUACCCCAGAGGAUUCGUAACUCUCUGUCACAGAUGAAUCGUUGAGCAGAACUUUCAGAGGCAUCUUCAUCUACAAGCAACUAUGGGCUUCCAUGGAUCUCUUUCUUUAAGCAACAGGGCAGUAAAGACCCACACAACAUUGUAUUGAACAAACCUGAAAGCUUCCCAGCAAGACUCGGGGAGAAAUUGUUAAAGGCAAAGGGACAUAGCCUAGAGACUGUUCAAAAACACCAACUAUGGAGCAACAGCAAGGGCGCUCCAGAGAAUGGCCUGCAGUCUGACUGUUAGACAGUCCUACAACACCACCCAGGCAGUCUGUCAGGUAAACCUUCAUGGACCUCACGGGUGAGCCAAUGUCCGGAAAAAUUUGAAACUGCACUACAAAAGCCUUUGGUGAGUCAUCUCAAUGAAACCAAUAAGGGUCAGAGAGCUGGCACAGCAUCUAGAACAGGGCACUGUCCUCUCCCUUUUACCUCACGUGUGGAUAAUGAAGAACAUGAGGCUCAGAGACAGUCACGUUCUGAUAACAAAGACAGACAUGCCAAGAGCACAUAUACAAUGACAAAGCCUGUUCUGCACCAGGCAUCCAUGGUCUUAGACAACACCAGCACGAAAGAGUCAGAGGGCAGUAAACACAGCCCAGAUGUGCCCAGAAUAUCCACCGAGGCUGCCCCUGCGCCAUUGGGGAAGCACCUGGAUUCAGGAAAAACAGUCUUGAGGCUUCAAGGAGCAAAGGUGAAUGGCAAAAGCAUAUUUGUAUCUGACAAGAUCAGUAACAUAGUCAAGGGAGGGCAGCUCAGUGUUCUUCAACCACAACCUACCAACAUCUUGAACACCAACCAGGGCAAGAGUACUCAAGGGGCAGAUGGGAACACAACAAAAGCACAAAAUACUCUGGUAGCUGGAAGGGCCCUGAAAGAAAUAACAGGUCCCCAGGAAAGCCAGACAUCUGACUGUAAUAGUCAGGUAUCCAGGGAAGGGAAAUUUAAACCAGAAAGCAGGCUGCCCAUCCAAGCUCUAGGGCCCCCAAGUGACAAGCUCCCUGCCUCAGAUGAAUUCGCUUACAGAUUUUAA